AUGUCUUCCACCGGCCCUAGUAACCCUUUUGCUUCCACCUUCGGCUCCAACUCCGAGGUCCCCAACGCCACCCACAUCCGCGGCGUCCCUCUCUUCGAUCACGUCCCCAUCAAACUUUCCCACAAAGAGUCUAACUACUACGUCUGGAAGACCUACGUCAACCUCCUUUUACGGGAGUACAACCUCCAUGAUCAUGUGGAUGGCACCACCGAGCUCCUCGUCGUGUGCCACGACUCCAACUGGAUGGCCAUCGACGCCACCAUCAUCCGGUGGUUCUUCCUCACUGUCUCGCCGGACAUCUUCCACACCGUCGUUCGCGACGGCGAUGAUUCCUACACGGUGUGGACCAAAAUCAAUGCAGGAGUUCUUUGGGUGCCAUCAAAACGACUCCACCAUCUCGACGCCUAUUAUCUCUGCCUCAAGACCCUCUCCGAUGACCUCAAUGACAUUGGGUUCAAGGUUGGGGAUGAACUCCUCUCCACCCUCACCGCCGGCCUCAGUGAGGAAUUCGGCAACAACUCGGCGUUGGGCCACACCGGCGGGUACUACCUGUAUUACAUAAGGAGAAGGCAAAUAUGGGCCUUUAUUUUAUUUUUGUGA